ACAAAGACACAAAACAGCCAAACAGGGCCAAGAACAGGCAAAGUCGGUGGCAGGGCAGUGGACCAGUCAGACCCACAACCCGCUGGUAACUCCCUACCCACUUCCAGGCACUUCCUCCCGCCCUCCUCUGCUUCCUGGCAGGCUCAUCUUAGGAGUGCUGUCUUAGGAGUGCUGUCUUGUGAAGGGGCUGCUGUCUUACCUGACAGACUGGAGCCUGUGGGUCCUCAAAGUGCUGGUGUACGGGGGCAUCAACUACAGCUUUUGAUUAAUGAGCACUAGCCGGGGUUCUUAGGUUCUGCAAUCUCAGUCUCCUUUACCCAGAUGUUUGUUGUUCUAGACACCAGAAGGUGACACAGGGCUGGGGGAGGGCGGGACAGCAGAGCCCUGACCUGCAGGAGGAUUGGAAGUCACAAAGGAGAAAAGUGGAUUAAUUUUUGUCCUUUGAAACUUCCUUUUGAUUCCUGGUAAUGCUGAAGUGCUUCAGAUCAGUCCUCCCAAUGAACCACUUAGAAAGCUGAGUGGAAUAGAAGAAACCUUCCUGACAGCAUCAACGGGCCAACAAGAGAGGAAGGAGUUGCUGGGGCCGAGCUCAGGAAGUGGCUAGGAGCCCAGAGAAGCGGGCCUGGCCCCCUGGAGUUUGCUAAUCCACAGCAGGGCAGGGCAAACUGGGCUUUGAGUGCUUCAUGGGGUGGGAGCGAAAGCCAGAGUCUAGGGACCCUGGGCACAGAGCUUGACCAGCUGCCUGCUCUGGCCAGACCUAGAAGGACCUCACCGCACAAAGACGGGGGAAACAAAGGCCUUGAGUGUGGAUCAAGGGAAUUUCCGAAGCAUCAGGUUCCCCAGACACCUGGCAAAGAGGAAGAAAGCCCUCCUCGGGAAAGAGAAUAUCCUCCCAGCCUCACCAGUCUGGAGACACCUUUGCAAACAAUGCUUGGCACACAGCAAAAAAUGACCAGACAGGUGGGGAGCUGGCUCCAAAAGGGACCAAUCAGAGCCACCGAACCAAAGGCAUGCAAAUUACCGGAAUUCUUGAAUUUUCCUCAAAUGGGAGCUUAUUGUUUUGGUGUGAGUAUAACUACACCCAUGAAAGGAAAUGACCUAUGGAAAAUACAAAGCACAAACCACAGAGCUAGAAAGAAGCCACUGCUUCGUGGGCAGUGUCUGGCAGUGGCAAGAACCACUGGGCCCAAGAGGUGAGAACAGCCCCAGCUGCCCCAGGAGCCUGCAUAGGCAGAUACACCGGGGACAGCGGAAGCGCCGGGACCUGCUGACCGGCUGGAGCUGGGCCCUGAGGUUCGGCAGAGCCGGCUGGGACCUAAGUGUCCUGCAGGAUGCACGUGGUUUACUGCAAGCUGCUGUCGGAGGGUCCGGCCUCUCCCGCCGGCCCAUCUUCCUGUCCACCUAGUGGGCUGGCCGUGCGGGCCGGAUAAUCGCCUUCGAUGAACUCAGGACGGACUUCAAGAACCCCAUAGACCAGUGCAACCCUGUUCAUGCGAGCCCAGUGGAUCUCAUUUCACCCAGUCUCCAGCAGCCAAGCUGCCUUGGUAACGAGGCGCAGGAGACGACACAGCUGUGUUCCUGUGGCUUUGGAAGCCGACACAGCCCUGCAGGAAAAGGUGGCCAGGACCCAGAGGGAGCGGCUGAGGAACAUCGAGCGGAUCUGCUUCCUUCUUCGAAAGCUGGUGCUGCCCGAGUACUCCAUCCACAGCCUCUUCUGUGUCAUGUUCCUGUGUGCUCAGGAGUGGCUCACCCUCGGCCUGAACGUGCCCCUGCUCUUCUACCACUUCUGGAGGUACUUCCACUGCCCGGCCGACGGCCCAGAGCUGGCCUAUGACCCACUGGUGGUCAUGAACGCGGACACCCUGAGUUACUGCCAGAAGGAGGCCUGGUGCAAACUGGCCUUCUACCUGCUCUCCUUCUUCUACUACCUGUACUGCAUGAUCUCCGCGUUGGUGAGCUCCUAACUCCAGAGUGGGACGCUGCAGAGACAACGAGGAGGUGGAGGCCGGAGUCCGCUUCCACUGGUGACCGGAGCUGGGCCAGAGAGGGGCUCAAGGAGAAGGCUGGGCAGGCAGCGACUAGGACAGUGCAGCAGUGGCCUGGGGCGCUGUGGCCAUCUGCUGUCCCCUGUGCAUCAGUCUGCACUCACAUCCCACACUGUGGGGCCCUGGAAGUAGGGGACAGACACUGAGCUCCACCAAGCCACAAUUGCUACUUCCCGAAUCCACCACUGUCGAAGAGCUCCUGGCCCUGGGAACAAGUGGAGGCGGGAAGGGGCCUGGCAAGGACCGACGCCAGCCGAAGCUGUGUGCGUGCCCAGGGCUGGAGGACACUGGGGAUGCCGUGGGCCACUAGGGAUGCUCGAUUCCUCCUAGCUGUGGCCCGGCCUGGCCUCUGUGCAGGGCUGGGAUGUGGGUGGCUGGCCAGGGCACUGCCCAGAGUCUGUGUCCCUCUGCUGGGUGUGGAGGUGGCUUCUGGAGCAGCUUUGGGGCAGCGUAUUGGCACAGAGUCCUGGCCAGUAUCGCCGGGCAAGCUGGGGAGGCAAACAAGGGAAAAUGGAAUUUAAAAAAUAUUUUUGA